CCGUUCGUGACAAGGUGGUGGAAGGAUUUAGCCCUAACCAAAACACUAAGUUUUGCUCGAGAUCGAGUGGUAGAAGCAUACUACUGGAUACUGGGUGUAUACUACGAACCCCAGUUUUCACGUGCACGGGUAAUGGCUACCAAGAUAGUGCUCAUUACCUCCAUCUUGGAUGAUAUCUAUGAUGACUAUAGCACAUUAGAGGAGAGCCAACUACUAACUGAUGCCAUCCAAAGGUGGGACUUUGAGGCUGUUGAUCAGCUCCCGGAGUACUCAAAGGACUUCUUUCUCAAGCUUCUAUUCGCUGUUCGAGAAUUCGAAACUGAGCUUGCAGCGGAGGAGAAGUUUAGGAUAUUUUACCUCAAGGAAGCAUUGAAGUCUCAAGCUAGAGCUUAUUUUGAGGAAUCCAGAUGGAGGGAUGAGAAAUAUGUGCCCACAUUAGAAGAACACCUGGGAGUUUCCAAGAUGAGCACCACGUAUCCCUUGCUUGCUUCUGCCAUUUUGGUUGGCAUGGGGGAAGUCGCAACCAAGGAAGCAUUUGAAUGGGCUGCCAGCUUUCCCAAGAUCGUCGACGCUUCUUCUGCAAUCGGUCGAAUCAUGAAUGACAUCACUUCGUAUGAGGUAAUUAACCCACACGAUUUCCCCCAUUCUCCAGUUGUUUAUGGACUUGUGAUGUGGUGA